AUGGCCGCCCCCGGAGACCAAAGAAUCGCCGUACCCAUCGAUGAUCCCAACGCAGACACCGAGUGGAACGAUAUCCUCCGCAAACAUGGAGUCAUCCCCGAGAAGCCCCCAAGCCCGACACCCAUGAUCGAGGAGGCGAUCCUCGAGGGUCGACGUUUGGCACACGAGAACAGGUUGGAGGGCAAGGACCUGGAUGAGCUCGACGAGCUCGAGGACGACGAGGACGAGGCGUUCUUGGAGCAAUACCGCCAGAAGAGGAUGCAAGAGUUGAAUGCGCUCACGAAAAAAGCUCUCCACGGCACCGUCUACCCGAUCUCGAAGCCUGAGUACCAGCGCGAAGUCACAGAUGCGUCUAAGAACGGACCCGUCUUUGUCAACCUGACCUCUUCGCUCGGCACGAACGUCGAGUCCAGAGUGCUGACCGAGCUAUGGAGGCAAGCGGCCAGGGAGUACGGCGACAUCAAGUUCUGCGAGAUGCGCGCGGACAAGGCCAUUGAGAACUACCCCGAGCGCAACUGCCCGACGAUUCUGGUAUACAAGGACGGUGAUAUUGUGAAGCAGAUCGUCACGCUCGUGCAGCACGGAGGUGUCAAGAUAAACAUGCUCCAGAUCGACAACCUCCUUGUCGAGGUUGGCGCAGUCAAGGACUCAGACAUGCGCGUUGUCAAACGCCGCAGACAGGCUGAAGACGACGAGGAGGAGAGGGCGAUGGGCAACAAGGGUCUUCGACAAGGCACCGUAUCAAAGUCAAAAGGCGACUCUGACGACGAGGAUUGGGACUGA